AUGGGUAAAAAAUCUAUUGAACCAUUAAUCCGGCGUUUCUUUCAAUGGUAUGGUGAAGCAAGCUAUGAUUGGAAAUGGAUUCUCUUAAUCACACCUCUAAUUUUAACGUCACUUCUCUCGGUUGGCUUUUUUCGAUUGGACUCACUUCGAAUUGAUGACCCAUCAUUUGUAUUCACGCCCCGUGAUGCAAGAUGGCGACGUGAAUUCAACGUAUUUGCAACAUUGUGGCCAUUAAACGAGAACCGUUUCGUGGCUGGUAAAUCGUUCGAAAUGAAACGUUUCGUUAAUAUUCUUCUGCGAGCCAAAGAUGGCGGUGAUAUCCUUCGUGAGAAUAUUCUCGAUGAAAUCCAGGCACUCAACCAAUGGAUUAUGAACAAUAUUACCGUAUCCACCGACGACGCCAAAUUUUCUCUUUCUUACCAAGAUCUUUGUUUGAAUUAUGAUUGGGUCUGUGGAGGCAAUGAACAUAUUUUAAUGCUUCGAGAGCGAAUUCGAGUCGGUCACUUCAUUGAUCUCACUUAUCCGAAAGGUGGAAACAAGGACACGCCAGUCUAUUUGGGCUCAGCACUUGGUAAUGUGAGAUUGGAUGAGUAUACGAAUGUGUUGAGAAGUGCAAAAAUCACACAACUCUUCUAUUUUCUCAAACAGAAGCCAAACGUGAUGGCACAUUAUUCGUCAGGUUUCUCGUAUGCUGUCGAAGACUUCUUGCUGAAACACUUCAGAAGUGAUCUAAUAACAAUUUCGUUUGCUCAUUACCAAUCACUCCAGGAUGGAUUAGAGGAGAAUGCAAAGCAUUUCAAGCCGAAUUUCAUCAUCAGUUUCACAACGCUGUGCAUCUAUGCGAUCGCAUUUUCGUUUAUAAUCGAUCGUGAACCGCGAACAGAGAUCAACUGGAUUCGUAGCAAACCGUAUGUGGCAUGUGCAGGUCUUUUAACAACACUGUUAGCAUUAUCCAGUGGUUUUGGAGCAAUGUUAUUAUUUGGAGUACCAUAUAAUGUCAUCAAUACAAUUAUUCCGUUUCUUAUAAUUGCAAUUGGAAUCGAUGAUAUGUUCAUAAUGAAUGCAUGCUGGGAUCGAACAGAUUCUUCAGAAAAUGUCAAUCAAAGGGUGUCGGAUAUGAUGGCUCAUGCAGGUGUUGCAAUCUCGAUCACGAAUAUAACCGAUAUUCUAUCGUUUGCGGUUGGCUGUAUAACGCCGCUGCCUGGAAUACAGUUGUUUUGCAGCUAUGCAUGUGUCACGGUCACGUUCUGUUACCUUUAUCAACUAACUUUCUUCACUGCAUUUCUCGCGCUGAUGGGUGAUGUUGAGAAGAGCGAUCGUCACUGUCUUUUCUUCUAUCGUAUCAAAAGCUCGCCAACCAUUAAACACACUUCACCAUCGCAAUGCAACAUUAUCGACGACUCACUCUCUCAGCAAACGGCUUUAUCAGCAGCACGAUUACGGUCAGUUAAGAGUAUCAACGAAAAACCGAAGAGGAACGAUGACGAGCAGCGUUUGAGAUUCAUGCGACGUUUUUUCGUUCAUACUUACGGACCUUUUAUUGUCAGAAGUGAAAUUCGCUUGCUCGUUAUAAUCGCGUAUAUCUUAUUCAUUGCGUUUGCUAUUAUUGGAUGUUUAAAUUUCAAGGAAGGCUUGGAUCCGAAAAAACUUAUUGCAAAUAAUCAUUACAUGGCGGCGUAUUUCGAAGAUCUAAAAGAGUUUUGGGUUUGCGGUCCACAGCUUCAUGUCGCUCUGCUUAACGCACCAAAUUUCAGUGAUCCAAUUCAACGAGAAAAAAUGAUGGCUGUGGUGCAGGCAUUUGAGAACACCGAACAUACACUUGGACGUGAAGGAACAGUUUUCUUUUUUUUGGAAUAUUUAAACUAUCUCGACGACGUAAACGCUGAACUGGAAAAUACGGAUAAACUCUGGAACAGCAAGCUGAGAACGUGGCUGAAGUAUACGGGUGGUAGCAAUCAAUGGACAGCGGAUAUUAAAUUCAAUCAGACUGAUCAUUCCAUAGAGUCAUUCCGUUUUCAAAUAGCGUUGAAGAACAUGAUCGAACCGAAUGAUCACAAAAUGGCAGCCAAAUUGUUACGUGAUAUUGCGGAUCGUCAACCACUUAAAGUUGAAAUUUAUCAUGAAACGUUUCCGUUCGCCGAUCAGUACUUGAUCAUAAUGCCAGCUACAAUUCGUAAUAUUGUGAUAUCGUUACUUUGUAUGAGUUUUGUUGCGUUACUGCUUAUUCCCAGUGUUUUGUCAUCAUUGCUAAUACUGUUAUCAAUAAUAUCAAUUUGUACCGGUGUUUUUGGUUAUAUGACAUUUUGGAGCGUGAAUUUGGACGCGGUUUCAAUGAUUUCAAUUAUAAUGAGCAUUGGGUUCGCGGUCGAUCUUUCGGCGCACAUCACAUACGCGUUUGUUGCGUCGUCUGGUCACUCCAAACAACGUGUUGUGCAAGCUCUAGGCACAUUAGGAUGGCCUAUAUUCCAGGGUGCCACGUCGACAAUUGUCGGUAUUUCGAUACUAUACACUGUUGACGCAUAUAUUAUUCAAACUUUUUUCAAAACAAUUUGGUUAACGAUGGUAAUCGGUCUAUUACACGGUUUAUUGUUUAUUCCAGUUACAUUAAGUUUCUUACCGUCGCCUUCUUCUUCUACUCAUUCACAAAUAACAACAACCGUUACGGAUCACCAAUCAAUCAUCAAACAUUGA